AUGAGCCCCGAAGAGGAUAAAGAAAUCCGCUGUAAUAAAACUGAUAUUGACACAAAAACAGCUGUGGGUCUGGACAAUGAACUCCUUACAGGAUUCUCAAAGUGUAACAAACUGGUUGCUGCAGUUGCUAAAGUUUAUGGUUUCAUUCAGAAUUGUCAUAACACUAAGAGCAAAUUGAGUGAUGUUCAACUUCUUCACAACACUGAAACAGUUAUUAUUAGAGACAUUCAAAAACUUCAUGAAUAUGUCAGCACCCAAGGACGUCAUAUAACAGAGGGUCAUAUUCGUUCUUCUGGAUUUUGGAUCAUCGGAGGUAAAAGACUCAUUUCAUCUGUUCUGCAUAAGUACGUCACUUGCAGAAAACUUCGGAAAAAUCCUAAACAUCAGAAAAUCUCCGACUUGCCCGAGGAUCGUCUCAUACCUGGACAACCACCAUUCUCUUCUGUUGGAGUCGAUAUAUUUGGAACAUGGGACAUCAUUUCACGACGUACCAGAGGUGGUGCAGCAAAUAGUAAAAGAUGGGCCGCUCUAUUCACUUGCCUCACUACCAGGGCCAUGCAUAUUGAAGUUGUGGAAGAAGUGACAUCCUCCUCAUUUAUUAAUGCGCUUCGUCGGCUUAUCACCAUACCUGUUCAAGUCCUUCGUUCAGACAGGGGAACAAAUUUUAUUGGUGCUGCAAAGGAGCUGAAAGUCAAUGUCAUCAACGUGGAAGAAAAACACCUUCACAACUUUCUCAACGAACAGAGAACGACCUGGAUCUUCAACCCUUCUCACUCCUCUCACAUGGGAGGAGUGUGGGAACGCAUGAUCGGGACUACAAGACACAUAUUGGAUGCGAUCCUUCUUGAUUAUGGAUCUAGGAGUUUAAUUCAUGAGGUUCUCACUACAUUUUUAGCGGAAGCCUCUUCCAUUUUCAACUCAAGACCUUUAGUGCCAAUGUCCACAGAUCCUGAAAAUCCCCUUCUGUUAUCCCCUUCAAGUCUUCUUACUCAGAAAACAAGCAAUAAGGAUGUGAUAUUCGCUGAUCAUGAAACACAGGAUGAAUGA